AUGACCGGGUAAGCUACAUGGGGUUGGCCUAUGUGAUACGAUACGAGGAAUGAGAGUGAGUAAUUGCUCUAGGGUAAGCUCGCCUAGUUUCGCAUUGCGGUUGGGAGAGGAUAGGACAGGAUAUAUAACCAACCAGAUAUCCUACUUUCCCACCUACCCACCUAUCAAACUUAUCCGGAACCAACCUCCACACGCUCCCCAACCCGCACGAUGUCCACAGAAGAAAUCCACCCUCUGGUUCCCCCCCUCCCCGGCCCUCCCACCCCCUCCCCCAGCAGACACCCAACAGCAGCCCCACCCGCACCCAGCUCAGCACCUCCACCAAGAUAUCUGGGACGCAAAUGCCAAAACUUGGGACGCAGCCAUAGGCACGGCCGGCAACUCCUUCUACAAACACUUGGUCUCGCCCACCGCGCUCUCCUUGCUGUCCCCACUCCCAGACGAGAAUCUGCUGGAACUCGCGUGCGGGAACGGGAUAUUCGCGAGGAAGUUGGCCGAGCUGGGGAGUCGGGUGCUGGCGACAGACUUUUCGGAGAAUAUGGUCGAGAUCGCGAGGGAGAGGACGGGGGUGGAGGUCGGGCGUAAGGUGUGGUAUAUGAAGUUGGAUGUCACGAGCGAGAGGGAGUUGGAUGGGCUUGUGGCGUUGGCGGGGAGGCAUUUGGGGUUUGAUGGGGUUAUUUGUAUGUCUUAUCCACUGACACGGGGAGGGGAGGGGAUGGGAGUAGAGUGGAGGGGGCUAAUUGGCGUUCGCGAGGGGAGCAGGUAAUAUGGCCUUGAUGGUAUAGUCUUGCACCCCCCGCGCUGAGAGCUGUAAUUGAGUCCUCGAACAAUAGGACAUAUCAACACUAGAACCCCUCGCAAAUGCGCUCCCGCGACUACUCAAGCGCAACGGCCGGUAUUCCUCCCCUCCCCCCUACCAACCUGGUUCAUGCACUAACCCUCCGGUACAAACCCGCAGCUUCGUAGUAACAAUAAUGCACCCAGCUUUCAACUCCUCCGGAACGCACAGGCACAUCUCGGUAUCUGAGGACCCCACAACCGGGCGUGUUGGAUCCCUCUAUAGUAUAAAUGUGAACAGAUACCUCUCCAUUCCGCCCACAAAAGGUGAAGCCAUUACCGGUCAACCAAAAACUCAAGUAAUCCUCCCCCCGCUCUCCUCUCCCAUAGAAGGUAAUGAGUGACAUAAUAAUAAUAUUUAUUUAUUUUCAUCUUUUUUGAUAAUAGUACUACUUCCACCGCCCACUGCACGAGAUCCUGAGCGUCUUUUUCAAGAACGGGCUCGUCAUGGACGGCUUGCUAGAGCCAGCCUUUUCCAGGGAGAGGACGAAAUGCGGGAAGGAGCUUAGUUGGCAGAAUUACUCGCAGGUUCCGCCGGUUUUGGGAUUCCGGUUGAGGAGGCUCCUGAUGGAUUAACCUGUCGUGAUUGGUAUUCAUGCGGUAUCACUCGGGCGGGUACUAAUAAUUUGGUUCCUCUUUCACUCACCCUCUCCCGAUCACAACUUAGAAAAAGGACAGGCAAGGAAAAAAAAGAAGAAAAAAAAAGAGAUCCCUCCCCCUUCAUACCCUCCGACAUUCCUAGAUUGUUUCGGUCACUCUCCUGGGUACAUGCUCUCUUUUUUUUCCCGCUCUGUUUCGCGUUUCGAAUGUUAUAAACAUCAAUCUUCUACGCUUAAAAUGCCAAUAGAAGUACACUGCCACACGAUAAAGUGUAGCACUGUACCGCAAUCCAUCGCUCGAUGCCCUGUAUAGAACAUGGUAAGGCACUCCAAGAAAAGGAAAUACUUUCUAACCCCUGCAUUAGCCAACCGGCGAAGACAGGGUAUAGAAAGUGAACAAAGAGGAAACAAAUAUCGUUAGAUGUGAAAAGUGGAACCUUUCCCCCAUCAGCCAUCCAUUCCCUUUGCUUCCGCUUUUCCAUCCCAUACCCUUAUAUUCCCCACCCUUUUCUCUAUCCUGCAUGCACAGUACACUACCUUCCACCCCACUAAACCAUCCAUCGUGUAGGUAGCACUCAUUGUAUCAGCACAAAAGAGACUGAUUUACAUGUUUCCAGGCUGAAAUAGAGAAAACAAAAAUUCAAACAAGCAAUAACUCCAACCAUUUCCAGAAGAAAAACACAAGAUUUUAAAUGCCCCGAUUUUUUCUGUAAUAGGAAAAGAGAGAAAUAAAUAAUAAUAAAAAGGCCUUAAUCUCCCACGCAAAAAACAACUUUAUUGAAAUAGACACCAUAAUCCCCAGUCACGAAAAAUAUCAUUUUACCAGGAUUUCGGAAAAUAUGCUAGGGUAUUCGAAUUUUGUCUCGCAAGGGGGGAACGGAACGGAGGAGGAAGAGAAAAUAAAACAAACGAUGUAAAAAUAAAAAAAUAAAAAUCAAUGUUACUUUUUGUUUUUGGGGUGAGAAAGAUAUCCAUAAAAAAAAAAAAGGAAAGAAACAAAAAAUAGAAAAUGUUCGUAGACACCAAACCUAUAUCAUGUCAGUUCAAUGAAACUUUUUUGCGCCACCCGUGCCAAAGCUUUCCCAUUGCUGCUCACUGACGUCGAGACCCAAACCGGACCCACGCCCAAUGGCGCCAAGGCUGCCGAAGUUAAUGGUUAAACGAGGCGAGGUCGAGUAUUCCUCUUCUUCCAUUGGGAAUUGAGUGUCAGACUCCUCGUCAAUGGAAGCAACAGUUUUGCCGUUGUUGGAUUGAGAGUUAGAAAUUACACGCUCCAGUUGCUUCCCGUUGGAGCCGAGAGCUUUCGGUAGGGUCGGCACUUCUCCUGAGCCGUGGGGGUCGUUUCUAGAGGAGAGGCGGGCACGCUGAAGUGUUUGGGUGAGUGCCGAAAUACCGGCAGAGCUUGUGCGGUUUGGAGAUCCAGGGAAUGGAGACACAUCACCGGAAAUUGGUCUGCCGAGCGGGCGGAAGGUAGGGCUUGGCUCUCCUCCUUGCUGAUAGGAGUUUCUAAGAGGAGAGCCAACAUGCCCGACGCCGGGCGCCGGAGCAUGAUCCUCAUCACGUUUAUUUCUCACUACAAUAGGCCCCCAUCUAGAUGCACCCCCGGGGGAACCGACAGGCGGAGAUCCAAUGGCGUCCACAGGGCCCCCGGGUGUGCCAGGAGCCGUGAAGCUAUGUUGGAAGUUGGAAGCACCCUCCUCGUCUGUCCUAGAAAGCCUCCUACUGCGUUCAGCCGGGGUAAGAAGGUCCUGAAGGCUGCUCGGAACAAAAUCCUCCUCAAAUGAAAAGCUAUAAUCAAGGCUUGGAUCUGUCGGAAACCGCUCACGGGUAAAUUCACCCAACAUUCUCUCCAUAUUUUCCGGUCUGGCGUAGCUCGACGAUAAAAGUUUCGUGCGUCUAGCAGAGAGUGAGGAAUGCAUUAUUCUAGGACCCGGCAAAUCCUCUGCAUUAGCGCGAGGGGAAUGAGACAAAUCUGCACCCAAAUUGCCAUCCUCCUCUCCGUUUCCUCCUCCCCCUCCAUAAGCAGACUCGAAGAGAGACUGAAGCGCUGUCGGGCGUGUAUUACUAGGCAAUGAUGGCGGAGGAGAGUCCAAACCAAACUUGCUCGGGACAGAGGACGCAUAAGGGCCAAAUUUCGCGAACUUUGAAUACUCAUGCCUGUCAAAGGAAGCUGGAAGUGUUGCAUCCAGAGGUCCAAGAGUUCGUUGGGACGAGGCAAGGGGUGACAUCGGUAAAGUGCCAUCAUCUCGCGGAGAUCCAUAUCUAGAAUCCAACAUUGAGGUAGCGAUAUUGGGGUCAGGGCCAGCAGGGUGACUGGUAAGACCGGGGAAGUCGUCUUGACCGCCAAAUGAAUGAUUAGGCAACAUUUUAGCCUGGAGCAAAGAGUUAUGUAGUGCGGACCCGCGGUUCGUGUGACCAGUGUCCAUGCGUCCGAACUGGAGAUGGCCGCUAUGACUGUUAUUGUUGUACGUUGGGCGAUUUAUGCGACGGCCGUCUGGAAGGAUAUGAGCGAGUGCACAUUUGACUCCAAACUUGCAGUUACCCUAUUGUAACCAAUUAGUGACCCUCUCGUAGCAGGAAAAAUCCCCAAAGGCACCUUUGAAAAAUAUUUGCAGGGCGCUUGAUCUGACGUUGGAUCCAUACUAUGGGAAAACGGACAAGCUUUUCCGGCCUGGCAGGUCCCCUGCCUGAAAAAUUUGCAGGGCACGUGGUUCAAGUCUAUUUCACAAGAUCAGCCAUGAUGAGAUUUUACUGCAACGACCAACAACACUCAGGAACAGUACUCUUGCUGCUAGGGGGGCUUUUUGAAGCGUCAAAAGUCGGGGCAUUAGGGCCUAUUGGGAUACCAGGAGGCUGGGCGUGCGACUGCAGGACCGGUGUAGGUGCAGCGCCUGUCACGGCAUUGCCAUUUUGAGUCGGAGGUAGUUGUCCAGAGAGAGGCUGCGAGGCCGAGAUACUUCUCCGACCACUACCAGGACGAGAGUGACCCUGGGAAUUGGAUCCGGACAGAUUGCUGCUACCGGAAUUGUACAUGUUGGGUUGUUCUGGAGGGGUACUCAUCGGUUGCGGAUGUGGGAGAAGAGGUUGUUGUUGGGGUUGAGGUUGCUGCUCCUGGGGGACGAAGGGAGUCUCAGCCAUUGGGAUACGAUUGGAUCAAAUCGGCGGUGCGGUUCCCGGCUGCGAGGUGUUCUGUUCGACAGAGGAGGGGGGUUACAACAACCCUCGACGACGGGUCAAAAAAUUUCUCCCUGUUACUGAGUAUUCUAUCUUUCCGUAUUUGACCUCCAGGUGGUGGGUUUAAGGUUUUGGCGUCACGAAAAAAGGUGGAGAGAAAAGAGAGGAGUUUUCUUUUUUUUUUUCCUCCCCUUCUCUUCCUUAUUUGUCAGUUGGCUGGAAGCACAGAGAACACCAAGGCGAGCCGAUGGACGAGUAAGAAGGGCUCAGGGUGUGUUCAGGAACAGAAUCGAAUAUUGACAAGCAGACGAAUGGACAACCAGUCAAUUGUCUUUUCUGUAGGGCUCAGAGGGUUGGUGGGGCAGGGGCCUAUCCAAGCCUGAACUCUUGAGGAGGGGGAAAUCCGAUGAGGGGUGAAACCCAGAAUAGGAACAGCGCAGCCCCUCGGGAAACCCGUAAUGUAAGAAACCACCAACCAAUCCAAUCCAAUCUUGAAAUCUUACCGUAUGGAUCGUGACAACUCUAAACCCUCCAACUCAACCAAACCGAAAAAAAAAAACUCAAAGAAACGCUCUUCCAAACUGUUUCCUGGCCAAAUUCCCCAACGAGUCGGUGGGGCGAGGGCAGGUUGGAUGGACGGUUGUAUGCGAUGGGAAGGCUCCAAAUGAGGGGGGGCCCAGAAAAUAAUAAAAAUUAUGGGAUAAAAAAAAGAUGGGGGUACAAAACCCCGAUAAAAGUAUUAUACGGAAUGACAGAAGGAUCGAGAAAGAGAGAGAGCUCAAAGAGAGGGCUGGUAGGUGGUAGAGCGAGGUUUUAUUGUACAGAUGACCAAGAGGACUAACUUAGGAGAUAAUAGGUCUCAGACACACUCACAAAUACCGGUACCUUAUGAACACCGGAUGGCUUUUGCAAGGCGUCUCCCUCCGGCGGUGGCUUAGUUGAACUCGUCAGAAAGGGGGGGAUGGUAUAAUCGAUAUUGGCGAGGAGAGAUUGAGAAUGGGAAGGAAAGGAAGAGGAGAAGAGAAGAGAAAAAAAGAGGUUCGCCAAACAUCCAUCCCGGGAUCAAACCACCAGUAGGAUAAUUAUAAUCAAACUAUCAAGAAGGAUACUGCAGUUCAUUUCGUCGGCUGACACUCCAAUAGGUCGGACCGAGAGGUCGGCUCACUUGAGCAUCAUACCCCAUCCAGAAAAGCAAACAGUGCCAUAAGCCUUCUGCUUCUCUGGCAAGGGGACCAGCGGGGACGUCCAACUCCACGAUGACGAUCAAUACCAAAACACGCCAAACGCCAGAUGCUUCUUCCUUAGAUCCUCGGCAUCAUAAGAUAGGCCCGUCACGGAAGCAUAGCUUUCUAGCUCAGCAAACUAUAAGCCCAUCAUCACCUGAGUCCAACAAAACUCACAGAUACGCGACCCGCCAAGUUCUCCCAAAAUGCCCGUGUAGCAAGGAUGCCAAACAUCACAAGCUCACGAUAUAAGAAGGACCCUCAUAGUGCAGUAGCGCUAUGGAUGGAGCCUUAGAGAGAAAUGGGGGGCGGGGGGCAAGCAGGAAGAGAAUGAAACAAAGAAACCUGAUGGGUCGGCAGAAAGUUCCAUACCGUCAUCUUAGGGCUGGAAUCUUCGGAACAAACCAUCUGAGCGUGGAACACAGUUUUCGUCCGAACUUCAUCUCAUCCCACUUCCACUAUAUUUUAUUUCUCAUCUUUUUUUUUCUCUUCACAAAAUACACACCGCACAUCGGAAUCAUACAGAUGACCAUUCCGUCAAAAGGUCGAAAUGACCAUGCAUGUAGCAGAAUUGGUCUGCCUACUAACCAAGCCCCCUCCCACUUCCCACCCACCCCUCACCCAAAUGUUACGAAAAGCGCACCAGAUGAUUAUCUAUCAUUGGGGGUGUUGGACGUGUUACGCCUUUCUUCCAAUCGUACUGCGAGGUUAGAAAGUCCGGCGAAACUUCCCUUUCUUAAUCAUACGCUCUUCGUAUCAUGAUGAAGAAUAUGCUUCUUUACCCAUGUGCCCUGGUGAGGUUGGUAAGGGUUCGAAUACAGUGGGAAUGAAUCCGAACCCGCAGUGUCCCACACCUAACUGUCAUAAUAUGGAAUCCAAAUAUUAUUAGUUGUAUGGAUCGCCGUGCCAACUUGCUAAAACAAUGAGCUCCAGUUAUGGAGAUAAUACCUGAUGGAGAAGACGGCAGUUCUAUAUCUGGUAGUCCGAAACCCACAGCCCCAUUACGGUAUGUUAUCGCCAGAAAAGGUUGGCCAUUACCACCAUCCCCGGACUCUAAUGCUCUAUUGUAAAGAAAAGGUAUUUUUCCACAAAACGCAAUACGAUAUUUCGAGUUUACUACGGGUACUUCAUUGCUAUGAUACCAACUCACUUUUUUUGAUCCCCCGGCUUUCUACUCUAAAUACUCCUUGUCAUCCAAAGUCCCCCUCUUCGCGGCCGCAGUUACGCGGAUAUAUCCUCGCACCUCGUGUUCAGCUGACCCCUCUGCAAUCAGUGUUCCAUGUGCGGGAGCGGACAUAAAU